UGCUACUCACACCACCCUAGUAAACGGGUCGCAUUUGUUUUGGCGCCUGCGAAGUUGGCACGCCGGCCGAGCCUCUCGCGCCGCGAUUCGCUGAAGGGGUCGGCGGGACGCCCUCUCGCGGUCGGAGAAGGUGAGUUUCGCGGGCAAUUCCGAUCAGUGACGAGAGAAAUCGGCGACGCUUUUCAACUUUCCAUCCUCCGCUGCCUCCAGUUUUAGAAAGCUCGCAGCAUGCUUACAGAAAAAGAUACCAAGAAAGUCCAAUGAGGGUGGAAUCUUCAACAAUGUCUGAUCCCUCCUGCGGCCUUCACAGGGCAGCACUAGGAGAAGAAUGUUUGGAUGAUGAGGGCGAAGACGAAGAGCAGACGAAAGACCGCCUCGGACGACGAGAGGAGGAGGAGCAAAUGACGCAAUCCCCCGAUGCUCUCAUAGGCUCUAUUAACCUUCACAUGGAACUAGCUACAAAGAAAAGAGAGGUGUCUCAUCUAGUGGAUGAAAUGCAACGACUGCAAUCCAGUAUUAAUAAUUUAAAGGAAAUGAGUACCUCCAAAAUUGCUCAGUUGCAAGAUAUGGUGACUGAAAAAGAUAGAGUUAUUAAAGAUUUGGCUGAAAAGUUACUAAGGCAACAAGAUUAUACAGAUUUAAAGAGAGAACUUAGAUUGCUGAAAGCUUUAGAUAUGGGUGGAUGGCAGUCCUGGGGUAAUGAACAAGUGGAAGUUGGAUCGCCAGCAAAUGACAAAUCUCCGUCUGAACCAGCAGACACAAAUGGAGCGAGAAUGACUCCAUCCUCAGGUGACGAAAGUGGUGGUGGGACUGAAGAACCAGCUUCUGUAUCUACUCCUCCCUCGGCAUCCUCGGUAGACACCGUAGACACUGUAUCUACAGAACAACUGCAACGUUGUCUUCGCAUCAAUGUAGAUCGAUUUUGUGGCGAACCUUUAAAUACUCUGACUAUAUCUAGAUGUGUUCGUGAGCUCCUGAGUGUCAAUAAUAUCGGACAAAGGCUCUUCGCCAAGUUAGUCCUCGGGCUCUCACAGGGUACAGUUUCCGAAUUGCUUUCAAAGCCAAAGCCUUGGGACAAGUUAACCGAGAAAGGUCGAGAUUCCUAUAGAAAAAUGCAUGCUUGGGCUUGCGACCAACAUUGCGUUAUGUUGCUAAAGUCUCUUCUUCCCAAAAAGGGACGAGAUGGUUCUUCGAAACCGGAAAUAGAAGAACGGAAUCUUCCACCAACCUCUGAAGCGCAAUGUCCGACUUCGAAUGCUGAAGACAGCACAACUGCUCCUGAGGUAUCCGUUGCAUCCCAACAAAUGCAGCAUAAGGAUAUACGGCACCAUAUGCAUCACGUAGGACACCACCCACUGUAUACCGACGUAAUGAACGGUUCGAAAGCGUUCUGCCACUAUGGUCCGGAGUUUCCGCCAGUUAUGCUGGCUCACAUUUAUCAAGAAGAACUUCUUAAGCUGAUUGGGAAACGAUACCUUGAUUGCUCUACAGGGAAACGAAUGAAAGAAGGGCAACCUGAAGAACAGGCGAAACAAGCUCAAGAUGAGAUUCGGCAAGCCUUAGCUAUCUACCACCGGGAACUCACCUUACUGGCUGCUCAAGGAGCCCACCAUCCUGAUGCUUCAUGCCAUUCAUGUCCGCUGCACAGAAGACCCGACUGUGGGAUUCCUUACUGUAGAGACCAACCUCCUUGCUGUAUGCCUCAUCCUCAACAACAAAGUGCACAUGAACAUUCAAGUUUUUUCUCCUCCGAUGCCAUGAAAGUUUUAUCACCUUAUUCUGGCGCAUCACCUCUCAUCCCUUUACCUCCUGAGGGACAACAGACAACAAAUUCCGAAGAAUCUUCUCCUCUUCAAAGGAUGCAAUCUAUUACCAAUUCUUUGCUGAACCAGGCAGCAACGCCAAGUUUUAAUACGUUGCCACAGCGGCCUAUGAAAGCUGUACUACCUCCCAUCACGCAACAGCAGUUCGACCAUUAUAACAAUUUAAACACAGAAGACAUAGUCAAGCGAGUGAAAGAACAGUUAUCUCAGUACUCCAUCAGUCAGCGGUUGUUCGGGGAGAGUGUCUUGGGACUGUCGCAGGGCUCCGUCUCCGACCUGCUGGCGAGACCCAAGCCCUGGCACAUGCUUACACAAAAAGGCAGGGAACCAUUUAUCAGAAUGAAAAUGUUCCUGGAGGAUGAGAACGCGGUUCACAAGUUGGUCGCUUCGCAGUACAAAAUAGCCCCGGAGAGACUCAUGCGAAUGGGCGGCUAUGGUGGCGUGCCGCUUCCUCCAGGAUCCAAUCGAUUUAGUCCGGUGAGUUCAGCAGAGCCCACUUACCCAUCUCAUCGUCAGACACCAGUGAAACCAUCUCAUCCUUCAUCUCCUCAACCUCCUUCAACACCAGAGAGUCCCUCGGCGCCCCUCACUGCCCAUAGCCCAUCAGGUAGCGCUGCGUUGCCUUCCAGUGGCAAUCUUAAAGGCUCUGCAGUAGCUGGCCGAAGGGGAAGCCGUUGUUUGGCCCCUUAUGUCCAACCCUCUGUCUAUGAAAUGGCAGCAGUGACCACCGAUCUUGAUACGCAGAUCAUUACAGCGAGGAUUAAAGAAACACUCACCGUCCACAAUAUUGGGCAAAAGCUUUUUGGAGAAGCCGUACUAGGUUUGUCCCAAGGUUCCGUGAGCGAACUUCUAUCAAAGCCGAAGCCCUGGCAUAUGCUAAGCAUUAAAGGAAGGGAACCUUUCAUUAGAAUGCAACUGUGGCUCAACGAUCCCACAAAUGUUGAGAAAUUACAAGCUAUCAAAACGGAAAGAAGAGAAGCAAACAAGCGAAGAAGGAAUGCUAUUGAUACUGAUGGACCCUCUCCACUUUUGCCUUGUGGGGAACAACAACAACAAUUUCCACUGGAUCCCCUAUUUCUAUAUCCACCAUCAGCCAAGAAACCAAGAAUCCUGUUUUCUGAGGAGCAGAAGGAAGCUCUGAAACUUGCCUAUAAUUUAGAUCCUUAUCCGAGCACAGCUGUCAUGGAAUUUCUAUCAUCUGAAUUAGGACUUUCAAUUCGUACCAUCACAAAUUGGUUUCAUAAUCAUCGAAUGAGAUUGAAGCAACAGAACCAAGAACCAGACACACCACCUUAUCCAACCCCUGAAAGUACAACUUCUUUUGAUCCCAUACGCUUCAGGCUGCUGCUCGGACAACGGUUGGCAGAGAUGUGCAAGAAUCAGCCAGCAACAGCGAAUCAGUUGCUUCCUUAUUUCUCAGAAGCUCAGAGGGCAUUAUGUCCCCCACCAGGAUUGGCUACAGUUUCACAGGUAAUUGGGAAUAUAGAAACGGAGAAUACUUUGGAUCUCAGCAUGUCCAGUCAACAAUAUCCACAAAAGGAUAUUGAGAAGGAUGACGAAACAGAUAAGAGGUCUACUGAAUCAACACCAGCAAGACCUUCAUCUACCACUCAGGUAGCGCACGCCUCCGCUAUAGACUUGACACCUUCUUCUGAAAAGAAUUCAGUAUCUUUUGAUUCCAGGCACUCUCCUCGAGACUUCCCAUCUCCAACUAGUAUAAAAUCAACUUUGGACCUUAGUUUUUCUACUCUUCAGAGAUUAGCUGCCCAAGACUUUUCAUCGAGUGCUAAAAAUAAUAAUUCAGCAAUAGAAACGAUUUCUCAAACUCCAGCACCAGACAUCGAUAACAUCCUCAGAGGAUCAUCAUCGAAGUUAGAUUUCAAACCAGGAAAUGCAGUUAGGGACUCACCUGUAGAUUUGCGUGAAGAAAAACGAUCAAAUAAUUUUGUUUCUGCAAGUGGAGGGGGAAGCAACCGUCGAAAGGCUGCUGUACCACAGUGGGUAGAUCCUGGAUUAGACCUUUCUCCCGAUAGUGAUUUGUGCGGCUUUGAUGAAGAAGACGAUGAUGACGAUAACGAAGAACUUACACAACCAUCUUCCUCCGGAGGUGGCCAAGUUAUAAAUGGCGUUUGUGUGCGCCAAACAGACUUUUCUUCACAUUCGUCAGGGAUAGAUUCCGUCUUGCGCAUUGAACCUACUGAGUUGUCAUUUUGUGGUGCCAACAACAAAGAAAAUGAUAAAUCUAGAAUUGAAAGAGAACAAAAUAUUAGGCGAUUGGAAAGGGCUCUUUCUGAACGCGAAGAAAGGUGGGAUGACAUCAGUGAUGACGAAGAUAUUUGCUCCAGAACUUAAAUUCGGCACAAAAAUUCCUUUUGGGAAGAUUUAAAUCCUUUGACAUAAAAUUCGGGAGUAUGCUUUUUUGCAUUUCGUGAUUUCAGUGAUAUAUUGGAUCCGAAAUGAUAGGUAAAUGAACUCUCUGCUCGAACUAUUGAAAAAGAGUAGGUAACAUUCUCAAACGUUUACGUUCGCCAGUUUCUAUUAAACAUUCAUACAGGGAACAAAAAUUGGCGACGAACAAAAAUUUAUCAUCACAAACAGAUUUUAGAGAUAGAAACAUCAAAUAAAGGAAAUGCAAUUUCAGUAUAGACUGGUAAUUAAAUUAGAAAAGUGAUUUUAAAAAGUUUGAAUUUUUCAUGUAAGUGAAUCAUUGUACAGCUAUCUGAAAUUCGAAAUAUUCCUUGCUAAGGAUGUGCAAUUUUCGAAGGGCAUUGAUUCGCAACAUCAUUUCUUGUAGCCCAUUUACCAUUACAACGCAUUAACGCGGUUGUAGCAUCUGUCGCGUAAACUCGUUGUGGGAGACAUGGUUGAACUUUCGUGCUCAAAUCAAAUGAUCAAAUGAUCAAACAAUUUUUUCCCCCCAAGAGACUUUGUUUGGAAAAUCGAAUCGCCUCACUAGACUUAGUGACCAUUGUGUACUUAAUGUAAAUAAACAGAGCAUCAAAAAAAGUCUUAACCGACCUUCGUUUCUUGUGUCUUCUGCAAGUCAUUUUGUUGACAAGUCAUUUUGUUAUUCCAAACCCUUCUGAGACCUGCGGCAUUAGCUGUGAUAACCGUCGAGCCUUUAUACCUGGAUCCAAAAAACUACGCAACAUUCUCCUCUUCAUAUUGUUCAUACUAAAAGAGAAAUUCUGCAAGACUUAUGAGUUAACUAGAAUGUUAUAUGCAUAUUUCUGACUCUCAUGCGAGCUAUGAAUGUUUACUUAUGCUAUCUCUUUUAGUUUGCGCACUCUGUAGGAGUGAGAUUGUUUAUUUUCCCUACCCUCGGUGGCUCUCUUAUUGUCUCUUUUCAUUAACUUCAUGAAUAUUAAUGCAAAUUAAGUCGAGUUCUGCUCAUAACACAUGUAGCAUACAUCAAAAACCAAAAAAAUUCCUUAAAAUAAAUUUAUUUUAAAAUGUAUUUUCCUUCUUUCAAAAGACUUCAGUAUUAUUAAGCAAAUUUUCAUUUCUAAUAAUGAGCAUUCUCUAAACAAAUUACAAAUCCAUUAACAGAAACAUUAUUAGUUCAUAUAGUUUUAUAAGUAAAUAUUUUACAACUUCUGUGAGGUAUUUUAUCUUUUUGUCUAAAAUUCUUUAUCCUUUUUCCAAAAUUUGUAUGCAUUUCAGAAUCUUUAUCAGACCACUUUAAUCUCUUCUUCAAGGAAUCAGAUUGUUUUAUAUUAUAUUAUUAAAAUGUCAAAUAUACAACGGCGGCUUGUUUGACUUUUUUCAAAUUUUGUAUAUAAACUGACAAAAAAAGAUACCUUAUAAAAAGAUACUUAGAUAUUUAUCUAAAUAUACACUUUACCUUCUCUAAAUUACUUUUCUCUUGAAUUCUUUCUCAGGGCAGAUCUUUCCGUAUACAAGCUGUAAAAUUUAGUAUUCUGUCCCAGAUUCUCUUUGUUUGUCUAGAAGCGUAUGGAAAGAGCUUUUAUUUAAUCAUAAAAUAUUUUAGGUAACAAAUCAACAAUAUUUCUUUUAUGUUAUAUGUGUAAAUCUUCCUUUUGCAUUUCAGACUUGAAUAGAAAUAUCCCCAAACGAGUUAAUUUCUCAUACAGGUAAAUUAGUCAUAUUUCUUUUAUCUUAAUUUAUAGAUUUCUGGAAGACUGCCCUACAAAUUUAGUUUCUUUGUACUCCCACCGUCUUAAAAGGUGAAAUCCAUAAAAUACAUUAGUAUUUAAUUCAACUUUGUUUAAUUAUUAUAUUUAUAUAAUUAUUCUACUAAUUCUUUUCCAGAAUUUUCUGUGCCUAAAUGUAGUACAAAUAUAACUCAUUUCGUUAAAAUUUGGAGGCAUAAAAGUACUUUUAAUUCAUUCCUUUUUAAGUUUCAAAUAAGAAAAUAUAUGUUUAUGAUAGAUUCUUCUUGCAUUAACAUUUCAAAAUUAUAUUUUUAAAAACAUGCAAGUCCAAAACUGCAUAAAACGAAAGUCAUGUUUUGCAAUUUGAUUUUACGUAUUUUGAAUAAUACUUACUGACAAUAUAUUCUGAUGGAACAGGUUAUAAAAAAAUCAAAAUUUAAGAGCAAAUUAUUGUGUUACAUUAGCUAUAUGAUACAAUUUUUUUGCCAGAAGUUGUUGUCUUUGCUUACAUAUAUAAAUGUUAUUUUAAAUGAGCUCGACUUAAAUGAAGAAUAUUCUGUGACUUGCCAUCUUGUAUCGUGACGAAAGAUGUGAAAUAUUAUUAAAUGAUAAAUUUGUAUUUGUUAUUUACUUCUAUUUAUUGUCCAAAAGGAUAUUUAGUGCAAUAUAAGAAUAUCGACAAAAUAGAUUGGUGCAACAUUAGAAGGUAAUGUGUCAAAUUUAAACCACUUCAUUUUGGAGAUUGGCCAUGUGUACUUUGUUUUCUUUUAGGUUUGUGCAUUUUUAUUUUGUGUCAAAUUUUGAUAGUGUACAUAUGUGUCAUACUUUUUAUGGAUUUGAUUAGAAUGGUCGCAAUAAUUUUAACUUGUAGGUCGUUAUUCUAUUAUUAUAAAUACAAUACCUUUAUGUUUUAAUAGUUAUUACUGAAAAAUGUAUGACAUUUCCAAUAAUUCAUUCCAUUUAACAACUUUCAAUGCGUACUUCAGCAUUUUUUUAUUAUGUUUAAACAGCAAAAUUUACUUAAAUGAAUAUUCAUAAGAAAUGCUUUAAAGAAACAUUUAUCUUAAUUUCUUUCAAAGUUACGAAGUUAAAUUUUCGUUAAUGUUUCAAGUUUCAUCAAGCUGAAACGUCUCUAAUUAUACCACAAACAAAUAAAUAAAAUAUUGAAAAAUAAAUGAACACCUUUUGAUGUAAAUGAUGCAAGUUUUGGAUUAUUCUUUUACACAUCUUUUCGUAUUUCUCAAAUAUUAUAUAACAUUUAUUCUCUUUGUUUACAUUUUUACUUUUCUAUCUAUCCCUUUCUUCUUUCCUAUCUGUUUCCAAAUUUAUUCUGAAUUUUAAAAGUAAUAAAUAAUUUCUUCCAUCCGCACUUAUUUAUAUACUUUGAAAUAAAUUCCCCUUUUAAUUAAAUUUUUAAACUCUGAAAGUUUAUAUUGUAUAAAAAAUAAAUAAGUUUUAAAAUAACAAAAACUGAAGUCAUAGUUACACAGUUUUAUAUUUUAUUGAGUGUGCAGUUUUGGCGACUAGGUUUUAAAGUUUUAAUUUCACAUAUUUAGUGCAUAUUCAGACAACAUACACUAAAUAUGUGAUUAGCUAAGCACAUUUAGGGAAUGAGAAUUUUUAGUUUAUAAGCGCUGUGAAAUCAAACUGUCUUUUUUAAUUAAGUUGUAGUAUUAUAUGAUAUAUUUAUGUAGCUUUAAAAUUUAAAAAAGCAAUUUUUCUUGUUUGAUGACAGUUACAUUUGACAUAAUAGUUGAGAUUAAAAUUAAGCCAAAAACAGUCUUACCAACUGAAUAAGCUGAAUAAGGUAUUGUGAAUAAUUUACCAACUGAAUAAGGUAUUGUGAAUAAUUUUCGUAGGAUCAAAGCAUGAAAAAUGUUUAAAUUAGUUAAAUGACUAAUUAUAAUUAGUUGUUGAAGACUUGUUUAUUUUACUUUUUCGAGUAUGGCAUUAAGUUUUUUUUUAUGCAAAAUUUUAACGCUGUUUAAGUUUGGCUAAGAUAUUCAGCAUGCAAAUGUUCUUGAUGAAGACACAAGACUGUAAAAUCUAAAUCAACAUGAUACGCAUGAAUUCUAAUGCAUAUAUUUGCAGAGCUUCCAAAAUUGUAAAAUCUUAGUUUUCCUUAGUUUUCUUAUGUUUCGUUCUUAAUAAAAAAUUAGUAAGUUUUCGUACUACACUAGACAAAUCCUAAGGCCGCGUCGGCAGACUAAGUAAUUGCGUCUUGCUAAAUAUAGUCGAGACUUUCUGAAAGCGGGCGUAUUUAAAAAAAAAAGAAAAAAAGAGAACAAAAAAACCCUGAAAACUAGAAAAACAUAAAAAAAUAAACAAAUCCAGCUUUAAAAGCUCGAAACACUCACCACCAUUCUGACUAACGUCAAAGGCGUAUCUAAGUUGCCGAAUGGCUACAAAAAACUCUAAAUACAUUGCUUCAUUUCUUGAUCCACGUUGACAGUUUCCCUGGACAAAUGGCGCUAUAUUCGUCUUAUCUUUGCUCCGCCCUUUGAUAUUUCUAUAAAUUUGGUCAUUCUUUUCUCCAAUCUUUACAAAAAUGUUUUGUUCCCCAAAAAACAUUGAGGCACCAGAUCUUCCUCAAAAUCGAGUUAUGCUCAAAAUCUAUGCAAAAAAAAAUUGUUGCUUUUUGAUUAAUUUUAAAUUUUACACUUGUGUAUUUCUUUCCCAGUUAAAAAGUGUCAUGUAAAAUAAUACUGUUUUCCAUUGAAAUGAAGGAAAUAUAUUCAUUUAUCACUUUUUAUUUUCUUUUUCGAUGUAAAGUUUAUACUCACAUUUAACGAAACGAUAUAUAUUUUGGAAAAAUUUAAUUAUUUUUUUAGUAACAAUAUCAUUUUCUACUUCAUUUCAUGAGGUUUUAAUACAUAUUCGAUUAUUACGUGCAUCAUUCAUUUCAUGUAAUUUUAUAUGAAUAAAAUGCUAAAAAUUAAUUUUCCAUGUAAUGCUAGAAUAAGUUAAAUGAACCUGUUCUUUAAAUUAAUUUUCAUAUUUUUUCAAUAAAUGUUUUUGAUAUUUAUGUAGUUUAGGAAAAUAGAACUUAGGACAAAAUUAUAACAGCUGUUUAUGCGGUAUAAACAAUAAGAAGUGUAAAUAAAAAACAUAUCAUUUUAUUUGCAUUAAAAAUUAUAUAUAAUUCAGAUGUAAGAAGAAUAAUUGAGUAAAACAAUUAAAUCCCAUUUGGAAUGUCAAGCAGUAAUGAAGCUAUUGACAGCAUAAUAUACAAAUAUUAACUGAAAUUGUUGUGACCAUUCUACUUGAGACCAUAAUUGUAUUCUGAUUCAAUAGUUAAAAGAACAAUCAAAUAGGAUUUAAAUUUAAGUUGCACGUCUGUGUGAUAGAAUUUUAUAAGACUAUGCAAGAGUUACGUCUUAAAUAAAAAUGAUUUCUUCUCA